AUGGUGCUUCGCGUUAUUUUACGGUACUUGGCUAAUAACGAGCAGUUGAUUCAGCGACUGGCCGAGAGUUAUCCAAUGCGCAGAGCUGCUCAAUUGCUAGUUAGCGCUUACUAUCGGAGUCGGGCAGUUGCACAGGAACAAAAGCUAGUAGAGAUGACACCUGAAAAGUUUAAACGAAUGAUGAAUGCAUUUAAAGAUAAUGUUAAACAAGAGAUAGAGGCUGCGAAACAGGAUUUGAAAAAGCGGAAAUAGUGAAUAGAGUUACA